AUGGCUCGGUAUGAUGAUCGUUAUGGUCGCUACGAUGACCGCUAUGAUCGCUACGAUGACCGUUACGAUCGCUAUGCUGACCGCUACGAUCGGUAUGAUCGCUACGGCGGUAACACAAAAUUGUAUGUGGGCCAUCUUUCUAAGCACACCCGGACCCAGGAUGUUGAGCUCCUUUUCGGCAAAUAUGGGAGAGUGCGAUAUGUGGACCUGAAGUACGAUUAUGGCUUUGUUGAGUUCAGCGAUCCCCAAGAUGCAGAUGAUGCAAGGUAUGGGCUUGAUGGCCGAGAGAUUGAUGGGAGCCGCAUCAUUGUUGAGUUUGCAAAAGGGACCCCGCGUGGUCCAGGAGGUUCCCGUGAAUACACGGGCAGAGGACCCCCUCCUGGGUCUGGCCGCUGCUUUAACUGUGGGAUUGAGGGGCACUGGGCUCGUGACUGUAAUGCUGGCGACUGGAAAAACAAGUGCUACCGCUGUGGAGAAAAGGGUCAUAUAGAAAGAGACUGCAAGAACAGUCCUAGGAAUCUCAAAAGGGGAAGAAGCUACUCACGUUCCCCAUCACCUCACCGUGAAAGGAGCCGAAGCAGGAGUUACAGCAGGGGCCGUAAGAGUUACAGUCGUUCACCUUCUCCAAGGAGGAAUGGCCGUGAGGAAAUGGUUUCCCUAGGGAGGGACGGCCGUGGUGUUGGUCGUCAGGAAAGGCGGCCAAGAAGCUCCAGCUACAGCCCUAGGAGUGCCUCACCUUCGGGUAACAACCGCAGCCCAGUACCAAAUGGCAAAAGCCACCCACCAAGGGAGCAAGCUGAAGCAAAUGGUUCAUAUCACAGUCCAAGAGGAAACAGCCAGAGUCCAGCCUGCGACAAUCACCCAGCCACCAAUGGCCGGAGCCCCAGCCCCUAGCCAUGAUAGCAAACGCUGCACUCCACCCUGAACUUGAAAUAUUGUUGCUGUGUCUCUUGGAGCAAACUCUCCUGAAUGUUAGACCAUGUCGGGGCAUGAAACUUCAUGUUUGCAGAAUUUUGUUGCGCCUUAUGCCGGCUUGUGUUUACCAGACAAUGUUUUUGUGACAGUAGCAGUGUUAUCUAGACUCAACUAUCUUUCAUGAUU